GCCGGGUUGUAGUACCGACAGAAACUGGCGUGUGUGCAGUAGCUCAGUGUUGGUUAAACGGAAAAUGUGAUUAUACCGCACUUGUAGGAUUCGGCGUUAUAUUGUGUAAUCCGAGACAACUCUGUAACAGCGAGCAGAGGCUUCUUAACACGUUUGGACACCACCUUCGGACAAGACUCAAGAGCUACUGUUCCUCAACCUGUCCAGCCUGUGCAACAGGGAGGGCAGGGGCCCGGGGCUGUCGGCGGCUGGUCUGCGCCCGUCCUGCGCAGGAGCUCUCCCCCGUCUCGGACCGUGCGCUGGAGCCGGGAUGUUCGUGGUGGUGGAGAUGGUGGACACCGUGAGGAUCCCGCCCUGGCAGUUCCAGCGGCAGCUGAACGACGCCAUCGCGGAGGAGCUGAACAAGAAGCUGGCCAACAAGGUGGUGUACAACGUUGGCCUGUGUGUCUGUCUGUACGACAUCACCAAGCUGGAGGACUCCUACAUCUUCCCAGGUGAUGGGGCGUCCCACACUAAAGUCCAUUUCAGGUAUGUGGUCUUCAAGCCGUUCCUGGAUGAGAUCUUGAUCGGGAAGAUAAAGUACUGUAGCCAGGAGGGUGUGCACGUCACUCUGGGGUUCUUUGAUGACAUCGUUAUCCCCCCAGAGUCCCUGCAGCAGCCGGCAAAAUUCGACGAGGCCGAGCAGGUGUGGGUGUGGGAGUACGAGACGGACGAGGGCGCCCACGACCUCUACAUGGACCAGGGGGAGGACGUCCGCUUCCGGGUCGUGGACGAGGUCUUCGUGGACACGUCCCCCAGCGGCCCCGUCACCGCGCCGACCGAAGCCCCCGGCGCCGCCACCACCGCCGGCGCCGCGGACGAGGGCGGCCAGAAGAAGGAGGCGCCCUACACCCUGAUCGUGAGUGUGGGCGGGGCCGGGGGGCCGGGGGGCCGGGGGGCCGGACACACUGAUGCUCGGACACACACCGGGGGAGCCAGUCAGCCCCUCAGGCUCGUCCCAGCGCUCACGGCUGACUGAGCUGAGGAUCGCCCAGCGCCUUCCUGGAAGACGACGACUGGGCAGCUUGUUCCCCACUCCCACCACCCUUUGUGUAAAGAGGCGCCUCCUGUCCUGACCGCAGGAUCUCAAAAUCCAUCCACAAGAUAUUGGCUUCAACAGCAAGGCUGGCCAGCUCCAGUCAGUUACUGUACAUUAUUGAUGCUGUAUACACAAG